AUGGCGGAUCAUGACUCCAAAGCAGAACAGAAGGUCAUGACUAAGAAGAAGAAGCGAAAGCAUAGAAGCGGAGAAGAAAGAGAAUCUCAACAAGGACCUCCAAAAGCCUAUCGUAUUGAUCCGUCGGAGAGAGAAAUUGAGGAACGCAAAGCAGAGUUAGAAGUUGAGAGAGAAACAAGAGUGAAACUUGACCAUGGGCAUCCUUGGGGAAAUAUGCAACUAAUUUUAUCACUUCAGGACAAAGAUAUUGAUAUUCAGAAAAAAGUCGAAUUGGCAUUUGAUUAUGUGAAACUGAAAGCUAGCGAAGAAGAGGAUGACAGCGGCCAAGUUCUAGAGACAGUUAACAUUUCACGAGUAAUUGUGUUCCUCAACAAUUGGGUCCUGUCAUUGUUGAUUUAUUCAGAAAAGACAAUUAGAGUUGAAGGAAAUAAAUUUGAGCCUAGCACCAUUUGGUAUUGCUUUGAUUGCAGAUGCUGGGAGAUAUUCAAGUUCUGCUUAGAGGAGUCUUUGAAAAUGCAUAUUUCAUUGAGCUUCUCAAAGGACUUGUUACGUGUUAUUCACUGCAUUGCAAAAGAUGCAUUGUACCAACUGAAUCACGUGUCCCAGCAUUUUGAGACGUCAGUUUGUAGUGGUGACAGGUUUGAACUGUACAGUAUCGUUCUUGAUUGCAUUUCUUUGGUUUUCACAUCCCAUGGUGGGGUUUCAAAUGAAAAUUUGGACUUAUGGAUUUCGACUAUUGGUACGCUUCUUGAGCUUAUCCAUAAAAUACUAAGUGACAAGCUUGUUGGUGGUAAGGUUGGUAUGUUUGUCCUGCGGUUGUCUUGUAUUAUGCUUGAACCAUUUGCAAGGUUUUUGAGGGUCCAUCCAGCUCGGAAAAAUGGUUUCCGCGAUUUCAUAGAUAAGCUGCUUGAGCCUCUGCUGAAUCUGUUGGACGUGAUAAAUAUUUAUGUUUCUGGCAAAUGCCCCGAGUGGACAAGAAAUCUAUUGAAUUUGGUUGAAGUUGUUCUGUCUCAGGGGUUGCUCCACCCAGCUCACAUUGAUGGGUUUUUGAGCUUACAAAGUUUGAAUAAGUAUAAAACCUCCGAAGAUGGAAAACCACAUGACUUCAAAGUGAUCAUUAAAAGUUAUCAUAGACACCUGUUUGAUAAGUUGGAAAAAAUUAUAGCUGGGAAAAAUGCACUGGCGUGGGGUGGUUUAGGGGUGCUCUUUCGUUUGUUUGUUAACUGUGUUCAGAAGGAAAAGGGACUUUCAGUCAGAGGAGAAAGUUCUAGGCCCUUGGAAGACGAUUCUAGCGGGCAUAUGUUCAAUAGAUCCUCUGGAAGCAGUAUUGUGGUUUCAGAGAAGAGCCAUUGCUCGAGUGGCAUGAAUGCAGAAACACAGAAGUUGUCCUUUAGUUUCUUUGUGCAGAUUGUGGAGCCUCUUUUAUUGAAAAUUAAUACUUAUAGUCAAGCAAAACUAGAAUUUGGACCUUCUUUGUUGGAAAUGCAUUGUGCACUCAAAGCUACCAACAAUAUACUUGCCAGCUUUAUCCAUGAAAAUGUAUACAUACGAAUGGAGGAUACGUCCGAAGGAGCUUGUGUUAAUUUCCUGAGGGUGGUUUAUGAUAUGGCUAUGUCAGUUUCUGCCAAAACUAUUGAACUAUGGCCAUCAAAUUUUGUUUCAAAUGAAGGAACAUAUAAGGAGGCUUUGCAUCUAAUAGCCAGGGAGCUUAUUGUUGUUCUACAUUGCUUACUGGAAAUUGACUAUGAGGUUUUUGAGGAUGAUCUGGAGACCUUAUGGAUUAUGAUCUUCUCAUAUGCGACUCAUGGCCUGUCUUUGGCUGAUGGACCUGAUGAGUCCUUGUUAACUUCAAAUACAAUUCACCUUGGAUGUCAGCUGGUUAAUCUCUACAGUGAACUUCGACAGGUGAAUAAUAUUAUUUUUGCGCUAUGCAACGCAGUGAGGCGUCUGGCAUUACCUAUCAGGAAUGGUGAAACAUGUACACCUCAGUACCCUUAUGUAGCAUAUGCAGAAUCACUGAGAACGGUAUUAUGCUCACUUGAAUUGAGGCUGUCCAUUUAUAAUGCUAUUAGAUCUAUACCGGAAGGUCAAGCGAGUGGAUUCAUUCGCCAGUUAACAUCAGAUAUUUCAGAAUCCCUGGAAUGGAUGAAAGGUAAGUGUUCAUUGGCUGCUGGAAACGAAGAUUUGAAACCAUCUGUAAGUAGUUAUAGCUUGCCAUGUAACAAUUUGCAAGCAGAACUUCUGGGAAGAGCUCUGUCUGAAGUGUAUAUCGUAAUUUUGGAUUCAAUGAUUGUCACCACCGGCAAUAGUAAUCUUGUCAGUGUUGCAGUGAAGGAUCUGAUGGCAGUGAUUCGUCCUAGUAUGAGUAGUCUGGUUGCACUGGAGCCCGAUAGUGUUACCAAGUUCUUGUUUAUGGUUAUAGGAAGAACUUACAAUCAGGGGACUGGAGUCAAAUUUGAUUUUCAGUCCACUCACUGGAUUUUUAUAUUCUUCUUUCGGCUCUACAUGUCCUGCAGAAGCUUAUACCGGCAAACAAUCAGUCUUGUGGCCCCAGAUACAUCCAAAAAGAUGUCAGAAAUUAUCGGUGAUACAUUAACAGCAUACUCUGGAAGGGAUUGGUUGGAGAGGACUGUUUGGGCUGAUAAAGGUUAUUUCUCUUGGAUUAUCCAACCUUCAGCUUCUCUUCUUACCGUUAUACAAGCCGUUUCAGACAUCUAUCUUCACGACCCUGUUGCAGAUUGCUCCCCCCUAAUAUAUGUAUUGAAUGUCAUGGCUCUCCAGAGGCUUGUCGAUUUGAAUAGACUGAUAAAAUCAUUUGAAUAUUUGCUGCGGAGGAAUACUCAUCUUGUUCAGACAAAAUCAACAGACGACGCUGAGUUGUCAAUGCAUCUUAAGAAAGGUAGAAAGUGGGAAAGGUGUGUCUCAAAUCUGAGGCAAGAGGCGACAGGUCUGACCAAUUUCAUGAUGGAGUACCUCCCGUUAGUGGCUAAAGAUGCAUGGGAUUUUAGUUUUGGUUCAGUUAAUGAAAAGUCAUUGACUUCUGCCAUCUGGUGGAUUCUUUGUCAAAAUCUUGAUGUUUGGUUCACUCAUGUUUCGAAGAAAAAGUUGAAGAUGUUCCUCUCAGUUUUAAUCCAGAAUUCUCUUCCCUGUUUGAGCAGUGGUUUGGAGGACUUAGGAAAGCAUAACAUCAGUAAACAUGGUCAUCUGAAGAAAGUCACUGCACAUCAAAUCUCAUUGGAACUUCUGAGCAACACUCUUCUAUAUGAACAAAGAUUUGUUCGCAGGCAUAUGGCAUCAAGGUUUUGCCGAAUUUUGGAGAAAUCAGUGUUAUCAAUAUUUUCUAAUUCCAGAGAGGUGGAUUUAUAUUCGAUGCCUGAUUGGCCAGAGGUUUUAACUGCAUUUGAAAAUUCAUUGGCCGUUGUUUCAGAAAGGAUAGAUGCUAUGGAUGACUUGGCUUCAGGUGCAGAGGUGAUUUCUCGUUCAUCUAGUUUCCUACCACCGGAGAUUCACACGAAACGAGAGUCAUUGCCUUCAAAUGACAUGGAUUUUGUCACAUGUCAGAGUCUUCUCAGCUUUUUGUGUUGGAUGCCAAAAGCGUAUCUAAGUUCUAAGUCGUUCACACUUUAUGCAACUUGUAUUCUAAAUCUUGAAAGAAUGUUUGCACAAUAUAUGGAUGGUGCUGAGUUGUUGAAUUUGGCUGCCCGCAUUGGCAUGGGCUUUGUCACGAUUCAGCUAGAUGAACCCUGUUACAGAUGGAUUGGGAAUAUUCUAGAUAUCCUUCUAGAAUCCAAAGGGAUAAGGUACAUUACCUUGAAGAUUUUAUCCUCCUGCUUGCAGCUUAUAUUCCUACUGAAGAGGAGAUGCAAACUAGAUGAAAGUAGUGGGUGGUUUUGCACUCUAAGGCUUGUACUUGGGAGCUUAUUAGAUUUGCAUGGUGCUUCACAUUCACAUUAUCAUUAUGAUCUCUUCAGAUUGUUUGUAUCCUGUCGGAGGGCCCUAAAAAUUUUAACAGUGGCAUCUUGUGAGGAGAAGAUGGAAGCUAGUCAAUUCUCUCUUUCUUGCAUACUGUUUGAGAGUCCAUAUCCUGUUUUAUGGCUUUUGAAGUCAAUGUCUGCAGUUAUUAGGUGUCAAUGUGUAUUUUCAGAAGAUAAUGCCACCAAAGUGAAAGAUAUGAUUUUCUCGUUGGUAGAUCACACAGCAUAUUUGUUUUUUGACAUUAAGCAAAGACAAAUUGUGCGUGCAAUUCACUCGCAUAUUUUAUAUGGAAAACUUUGUGAGGAAAAGUCCAGUUCUGUUAUUGCCCAAGAAAGGUGUGAUGGUAUUGAAGAUGAUCCAUAUUUGAAUUCUGGUGAAGAUAUAGAUGCACGGAGAAGUGUGGUCCUUGUGGCUGAGACUUUAAAGGAACAGGUGCAAAACAUACUUGUGUCUCUAAAGGAAGUCAUCUGUGAUGAAAAAAAGGAACCUUUUACUGGUGUUCAGGAAUAUACUUCCUUGUCAACUAUUAUUUCCUGCUUGCAAGGCUUUUUGUGGGGGCUAGCAUCUGCCUUGGACAAUGUAGAUGCACCAAGGUUUAAUGUUAAAAUAAAAUUCUCAAGAUGGAAAUUUGAACCUCUCCAUGAAGUCAACCUUUGCCUGGAUACAGUUGCAGAUUUUAUAAAUUAUUCCUUGCGAGCGUUGCUUACUUCACUUAAAGGUUUUGCUGAUUUUGAUGAUACUUUGCAUGGGCAAGAGCAGCAGAAUUGUGGAAAUGCAAGGAACUUCUCCACAACAGCUGCUAUAAAGGAGGACUCCAGUAAGAGUGUCUGGAAAAAAAAGUCUCAUUCAGGAAAUGCAGAAAGUAUUUUGACCAAGGUUGAUUUGUCUGAGCAACUAUGUUUAAGGAAAUCUUUAUUGCAGGGUUUUUUGAGAGGUGAAGAUCUUGAAGCAGCAUUUUUUCUCAGACAACUAUUUAUUGCUUCUUCAGCAAUUUUGAAGCUAAAUUUGCAGACUAAUCGUAAUGCCUUGUCAUCCAGCUUGAUUUCUAUUUUAAUUGGCAUUUCCCGAGUUUUGUUAGUGGAGUUUGCAAGCAAGGUUGAGGUGCCACAACCAUUUUCUUUUGUUUGGUUAGAUAGUGUUGUAAUGUUUCUUGAAGAGUUGGGGAGUUACUUUCCAUCAUCCAAUCCUACCUUGUCUAGAAAUUUGUAUGUCAAGUUGGUAGACUUACACUUAAGGGCUAUAGGGAAAUGCAUCUCUUUACAGGGCAAAGGAGCUACUCUAACAUCUCAUGAGACAGAGUCAAGUACCAAGAUGCUAAAUGGUCAGAUGGGAUUAUCUGAAUGCAAUAUUUCCCAAGGGCCAUACUUAGAUGAAUUUAAAGGCAGGUUGAGGAUGUCAUUCAAAGCUUUUUGA